UGCUGCAGCGCACGCCCCCUCGGCGGCCAGGGUGGGGCCCCCCGCGUGCACUCAGCCCCUCCGGCCCCCACCUCGCCUUUGGGUCGCUGAAACUUGACCCCCACGGGGAAGACUCGCCCUGUGCUUGCUGGAGCCUGCGCCUCCCGGCCUCUACCAGGCCCUGGGGGCAGGUCCCUCAGUGCCCGACUCGGUGCAGCCGCCUUCAGCGCCACUCAGAACCCCAGGCUGUGGUGAGGGUCCCGGAGCUGGCACUGCGGAGCCCAGGCGGCCCCUUCCACCCACCCAUGCCCACCCCACAUGAGGCUGAGCCGCAGCACACAGGGCCAGAGGAGGCGGACUGGCCCCCACCCAUGUCCAGCGAUGCGCCCCCCCCGGCGGCCCCCAGCCGCACGCCCUGCUGCCUGUGCUGGUGCUGCUGCUGCAGCUGCUCCUGGAACGAGGAGCGGCGGCGUGCAUGGCGGGCGUCACGGGAGAGCAAGCUGCAGCCCCUGCCCAGCUGCGAGGCCUGUGUGACGCCCAGCCCCGAGGAGGUGCGCAGCUGGGCACGGUCCUUCGACGCGCUGAUGCGCAGCCCAGCGGGCCGCGGCGCCUUCCGCGAGUUCCUGCGCACGGAGUACAGCGAGGAGAACAUGCUCUUCUGGCUGGCGUGCGAGGAGCUGAAGGCCGAGGCCAACCAGCACGUGGUGGACGAGAAGGCCCGGCUCAUCUACGAGGACUACGUGUCCAUCCUGUCCCCCAAGGAGGUCAGCCUGGACUCGCGCGUGAGGGAGGGCAUCAACAAGAAGAUGCAGGAGCCGUCGGCCCACACCUUCGAUGACGCCCAGCUGCAGAUCUACACGCUUAUGCACCGGGACUCCUACCCCCGCUUCCUCAGCUCCCCCACCUACAAGGCCCUCCUGCUGCUGGGUGGCUCCCAGCCCUCCAGCGAGGCCUAGGCUGUCCGCGGACACCACCCUCGGGGCAGAUGGCCAAGCAGCGCCUGGGGACUGGGCCUGCAGGAGCCGGACAGGGGCCUGGGCCAGGCCCCACAGCAGCUCCACCGUGGCCGGAGAGAAGAUGCGCAGCCCCAGCCCCUCUCGGGCAGCCGGGCUGUGGAGACAGGACCUGCCUGUCCAGCUGUGUGGGGCAGGGACACCCCCCAGGGCCGUCUGAGCCAGCAGCAGGCCCAGGACCUGGGGGGCCAGGCGACAGGCCUGUUUUCUGCGUUCACUGGCCGUAAACUGGGACUCGUGCUCCCCCGCCCACCCCACCCCACCCGUGUGUUUUAUCAGAAAGAAGUGACUUUAUAUUUAUCUCUAUUCCUCCUCCCCCAAGCAGGUUGUCUUAUUGUGGAAGGUAUUUCUAAAGCAAAUGCCUCACCCAUGCCCACCCUGGGGGAGGUCGGGGGUCAAGGAGCCCCAUCCUCAGUAGUGUCCAGCCCUGCCAGGGUGAUGCACCGUGAUGGGCAAGUGUGGGCUUUGUGAUGCCAGCCGGGCUGCCACCACAGGACACGGGGCGAUGCCUCCCACCAUUAGUCGGGCCCGGCGCACGCAGCCCCCUGAGCUUCCAGGACACGGGUCUCUGCCAGGCUCCGCCCGGGGCCGGCACCAGCACCCUG